AUGAUUUUUAUCCACCCCACCAUACGAUUUCACGAAGCUGAUCACAGUGACAACAGGCAUGAAUCGACUGAAAACCUGAAGUUGAAGGCGUCUGAGCAUAAAUUGUUAUCCACUGAAGCUGUAAGGAAACUGCGUGCCAUUAUUCACUCUACAGAAGAACAGCUGGGGGUCCACAAGAAACAAGCCUUGUUUUUGACUCAUUUAACUGCCAAAACUGUUCCAAAGGGUCUCCAUUGUCUUCCGUUACGUCUUUCCACAGAAUACAAUUCUCUUUAUUCUUCUGCUCAACAAUUCUCAAAUCAACAAAAACAAUUCCCAAAUCAACAAAAACUACAUGACCCCAACCUCUUACAGCAUUCUACUGGAAUGGAAUCUUGA